AUGCCCGAAUAUAAAUAUCGAAUUCUACCCGUGGAAAAUGACCUCGAGGCAGUGGAAAAUAGGAAAAGCUGUGCGAGAGCCAACGUCGGAAGAGCCUUUUUAUUUUUGACCAUUGUCGUUCUGACGCUUCUCGUGAUUUUCGUCUCGAUAUCUGAUGUUUCCUUUGAUUACGGAUUCGAUAAGGUUUUUUUUGUUAUUUUUCAAAGUUGAUUGUGGUUCAGAUUGAUUUGAUUGCUCUAAGUGAAGAUAUUCGGCCGAUUGGGAGUCAUAUUGAAGAGCUCUGGCGGGCUUAUAAACUACCAAAGUGGGACAUUUUUUUUGUGUCGAGUUUUCAUUGUAGAGAGAAAAAAUGUUCAUGUUAUGCCAAAGUCGUGAUAAGAAAAACUGUUAAAAAAUUUUAUGGUUUCUCGGAAGUUAUCCGUCAACAUAGGCGAAUCGAGAAAGGGUAUCGCGAGACUCUCUGAGGUAUACCGCAGGCUCCGAAGUCUAUCGAUGGUACCUCGAGGAUACCUCUGAGCACUUUGAGCAAAAUGAGAGGGGCUUGAGAGACUCUAAAGUACCUCCGAGAUGACUCAGAUAUAGCUAAAAGGUAUGCCGGAGGUCUCAAGAAGGAUACAUUAUGAGGCCUUCACGACACAUUUUAAGAGGUACCUUUGUGGACACAUUAUGGUACCUUCUCGAUUCGCCUGGGAAGUGAGCGGUGAAUGAAAAAAAAAAACUCCAGAGUGGUCCCUAUAUGGGCAAUCUUACGUGCCCUGAGGGCUUUUCUUUAUGGACCACUUUAAUUUUUCUAUAGGGUCCACUAAGGCUUUCAAAAGUAUUCCCUAUAGAGGUUUAGUUAGUGGCCCCCAUAUGGGAAAUGAUAGUCGUUAAAUGUUAUGAAGAAGCAUUUCCAUGCGAAAAACUCAAUGUUAACAUCAACAUAGGAUGAAUUCGAUUUGUCUUUUUGAUUUUCAAAUCUGGGUGCUACGACGAGGCGUUUUUUUUUUCGACGCCCUGCCCUCAUUUUUUCCGUAAAGUGUAGUGUGUCUUGUGCAUACACUGCGGCGGUCUGGCACCCGCUGCGUUCAACGCUCAAUUUUCGCGAAGUUCAAAAUAAUAUCUCAGUUUCUGGGAUUAAUUUCAACACGACAUGUGUGUUAAAAAAAAAAAAGAAACAGAAAAUUCGCGUUUCAAAGGAGAAAUAGACUCUCAAGACCCAUUGAUGCGCCUUUUGAACUUCCUGUUUUUACGCGUUUUUCCUAUGACUUCACAUGGGAACGGCGGACGUGGACCACGCCCCCCCCCUAAUUUUUUUUGGUUUUGCAUUUUCUUCCACUAACAAAACGCCGUGAAGACCGAGUUUUCCAUUUGUGAGGAGUACUGUAUGCGGAAAUGGCAUUGCGUGCAUACACUUUGAAUGUUUACAUUUUCGUUGCGUAACGUCACCGGGUCGGACAUCCCCGGGCUUUUUUACUUCCAAGUUUUUUUUUUCGAAUAUUUUCCUGCUUUUUUUCAAGAUAUGCAUUUUUCACGAUGAUAUUUGCACAAUAAGAAACAGUAUCAAAGAAAAAAAAAAUGAAAAACAUUCGAUUAAAAAAAAUCGGAAACAAAAAACCCGGAGUGGUCCGACGUGGUGACGCCACGCAACGAAAGUGUAAAAACGCAAAGUGUAUGCACGCAAUGCGCAUAUCCACAUACAGUACUCCUCGCAAACGGAAAACUCGCUCUUGUCGUAGCACCCAAAUCGGAACCAAAAUUUAAAAAAAACCCUUAUAGUGACCACUGGAGCUUCAGGGGCUCAGAGGUGAGACCCCCUCAAACUCAUUUAAAAAAAAAAUGAAGAUGUAGAGCUGUAUCCAAAUUUUUCUCCUUAAGAGUGCUCACCUACAACUGCAAUGCCUUUAUCGAUAAUGACAACGGAGUUAUGGAAAAAUAUGCGAAAAAUGGUAGAAUUCGCCUGGAAAAGGUGAGCAACGGGAAAGCCAAAAAAGUACGAAAUGUUGAUUAGGAUGUCGAGGUCGCCAUGGACUGUGCGUCGAUCCGUCGCCGUGUCAUGGGAAACAAUCCCUAUCCAAAAAUUCGUUCCUUCGCUAUCGCCCGCAAUGUUUACGAGGUUUUGAAGGAGAAAUCUCCCGAAUAUAGCCCGUUUUCCAGUCCUACGCACUUCAAGAAGCUUUUCUCUCGUUUUCCUACCAUCCGGACAAUAGCUACUGCUUCGCCCUCUCGAAAAAUGCGACCUCCAAAUUCUCGAAGAAAAUUCGACGCCUUGAGCAAUGUUUCCCGAACAUCUAUCUUCUAAACAAGGUAGAAAAAUCAGUAAAAGUUAUUAUUUUUUUGCUUCCUACAGACCUACGAGUUCGACUCAGCUGGCCACUAUCAGGAUAUCGCCCAUUUUGGUUGCUUGGAAAGGUUGCGAGAGAAAAAACAGUGGUCCCACGUCUUCUUUCUACAGGUUUCCUUGGUUUUUAUUGAAGGAGAGUAGAAAGAUAAGCAUCAGGAAGAGAUUUUUUUCUACCCCCCAAUGGGAAAAAAAUUUAAUCUUUUUACGCACAAUUAAGGCCCUGUUAAGGCCCGGCCGGGUCGGUCUUAGAAAAUUACUUCGGACCUUUUUUUUUUGGUUUUUCUAACCCCAUCCCCCCUCCCCUCAAUGGGCCGGUCCGGGCUCAAAAAAAGCCUGCGCGGGCUCAUAAUUUACUAAGAAAGAGUUUGUGCUUUUCGGGACGGCCCGGUCGUUGUUGCUUCAGGCCCUGCUAAGGCCCGGCUCUCGCACAAAUAUGCGUAGGAUAAUUCGUUAUAAAUUUGAAGCUUUUUUGUAUUUUUUAGCCGUAAAGUGGUCACUAAAGGAGACUUGUUUCACAAUUUCAGAACGACGACCUUCUUCUCUACACCCCUGAAGAAAUCUCCGAAAUCAGCAAAAUCUUGGGAGACGCCUCUGGAGUCGGCAAAAAUAAUGCUCAAAAUAAUCGUUUCGAUUCAAAAAAUAACUGGAGUCCGCACUUUCUCAAACUAUGGAAAAAUGGUAUUUUUGUAGCUGAAUAAGUAAUGUUUGAAUUUUUCAAGAGAAAAAUAAAAGCAAGGAGCAACUAACGAGAAAUUUGACCGUCACGAAAGGCUUGAACGAGGUGCUGCUCUCCAGGAUUUUCGUCGAGAAUAUUUCUGCGAAUCUCAAUUUGGAGCGGAUUUUUGAAAGUCUUCAAUAUCAAAAAAAGGUGGGCUUGUGGAGAUUUUUUUCUCAUUUAUAGAAUAAUCUUUUUUUUUUUGAAUUCCCCCUUUUUUUGCUUUUUUUCUUGUUGGGCUGUCUUCUAGCUUUGAAAGACCAAAAAAACUUGAAACGUCUCUUCGUUUCGAGACCUUUGAAAAAAACCGCCGAUGCUCCUUUAAAUUGCUGAAAGAGGUUUUGAACGGACCAUUUAAGCAGAAAAAAUUAUAUUUUUUUCAGUGCGCCUUAGUUUUAUCAUGACUCACACAAUUUGGGAGAUUUGAAAAAAAUAUUUUCAUAAAGUUUUUUUGGAAUGAAGUGCUUUUUUUCAAAGCCAAUUUGAAGCAUAUGAUUUUUGAAUCUAUUUUUGCAACCUAGAAAUUUGUUUUUUUGAUCAACUAAAGUUCAUUUUGGAAUCAAAAAGUAAAAAAAUAUUCAUUCUACAGCUUUUUAGACCUUGUAAGUUUGCUCCAGCGUAAAAAAGGCUCCGGUUGGAUGGCCACGCCCCUUUUUUCAAAUUCUGAAGUUUUUUCGAGGCAGUUCGCCAGAGUUGACUUUUAAGGGUUCUUUUUCAAGAGACCUCUUAAGAGAUUUCGAAAUCAAAAGUGAAAAUAUUCAUUCUAAAGCUUUUUGCAUCCUGUAAGUUUGCUCCAGCGUAAAAAUAAAGCUCUGGUUGACUGGCCACGCCCCUUUUUUCAAAUUCUGAAGUUUUUUCGAGGCAGUUCGCCAGAGCUUACAUUUGAGAACUCUUUUUUAAAAAACCCCUUAAGAGAUCAUCUUUCACCGUCCCUUCAGUGACCCCUUGAAAUCGACAAAGUGUCCAAUUUUUCUCUCUUUCUGAAUGAAUCUUGGAGCAACAGCUCUCCUGAAUGAUUCCAUUCAAUAUUUGUGAAUUUUUCAGUACUACGGUGGCGAUGAAAUGCUCCUAUCCACCCUGCACAGUAAUACAUGGCUGAAAAUUGGCGGCCAGCCAAAGAUUCCCUGCGCUUUUCCCGAUUUUGUUCGGUUUAUUUUGACUUUUCUACCCCUGAAGGAAGUUUUGUGAUUUCAGAUGGACCCAUUGGAACUAUGAAAGUGAGAAAAAGUGCCUCUCCAAAAAAAGGCGGCACGGAGUUUGCCUCGUGGGCGUCGAGUACCUCAAUCAACUGUCCAAAACGAAUCGUCUUGUAGGUAAAUAGGGAGUUUUGAAAAGGUUGGAGAUGUCCUGAAACGAAAAAAAAAUGCUCCGAAAUAGGAAAUUUGUACAUUUGAAGGCAUAAAAAGCGAGAUUUUUGAUUGGAAAACAAGCUUGUUUUUGUGUUUUCUUGUGUGUUCAUUUUUUUUUUUUUGAAAUGGGAGGGGGCUUGUUCAAAUGAGCUCUAGAGGGGGGUUUGAAAGAUUCCUUGGGCUUUUUCAGAAUCGGCCUCCAAAGUGAUUCCGCGGAACUCUUUUUUUAUAAAAAAAUAUAAUUUUUCAUUCGAGAAAUUCGAAAAAAAUCAACGGAAUCGGAUCAUUUUUUUCAGGCCUCUAAUUGGACUGGUCCAAAAAAAGUCAUUUUUUUAAUACAAUUUUGAAAAAAAUUUAAAAAAAUGCUUUUUUUGGCCUUUUUCAAAGUCCGUAGAGCAGUUUCUUGUGCAGAAAAUUCAAAAAUACGGAUUUUAUGGAGUCAUGCGAAAAACUAACGAAAUUGUACCACUUUCAAGCCCAAAAUGGCUAUGAGCUCUUUUUGAAAAAUUGAGAAUUUUUAUUUUUCCAGCUUCUUCCUGCACAAUGAAUCCCAAAUUUUGACUUUUCUCUUUCAUUUUGAAAAAGAACGCAGGAAAAUCCUGUUAGAAGAAGCUGCAAGAUUCGAAAGUACGCUCCAUCGAACUGUAGCUCUGAUUGGCUGACCACGCUCCUUUCUGUAUGUUUCGAAGCUCUAGGAGAUAAUAAAAACCCCUUCUGUGUCCAAGUUCAAAGUCCAAAAGAUAUUAAAAUACCUUCUAACACGCUCCAAAAAUGAGCUAAAAUUUGCCAUUUUUUCAGCCAACAAAGUCAAGAUGGACUUUGACUUUGGUGCGGUUAUGUGUGUGGGAGAAUAUCUGCACAAAAUUUCGACGGGUGCCAGAAAACGGGAUAUCGAUAAGAAUUUUUAUCAGAAUUUACCUCAGGUUCGGUUUAAUCCCAUUUUUAAGACUUUAGAAAGUUUCAGGUCCGGCAGCUCCAUGAAAAGAACUUCAAGUGCUGA